UUUAUAUAGGGAGAGAAUUACAACGGAAAUAUCAAUUACAAUGAUGACAUUAACUACUGAUUGGUCCUUGAUCCAUGCUGAUUGAUGGUGAUUGCUAAUUACUUGAUUCCCUCUCCGUCAAUCACUUUGACGAAGGCACAUAAUGUGUUUUUCCUUUAAUACUCCCCCUUGUGCCAAGUCAAAGAUGAAAUGGUGCAUGAGUUGUUGCCUCACUAAAAACCUUGCCAAGUAACAAUAAAAACCCUGUGGGACAAAAAAUACACCUUGGUCGAAGGAAAAGAGCACAACGCACCUUUUACAUUAAUUUGAGGAUGACAUGUGUGUGUGUUAGACUCCCCCUAAUGUCUACACCUCCCCCUGACCCUUACAUUAAUCAAGGGAGCUUGGAAAGUCUUCACAUUCCUAUGCUUUUCACAUGUUUCUCAAAUAUGGCCUUAGGCAAUGAUUUGGUGAACAAAUCUGCCACAUUCUCCUCAGACCUUACUUGAUUCACUUGAAUCUUGAGGAGGGCCUGUUGUUGCUGAUUGUAGAAAAACUUUGGUGAUAUGUGUUUUGUAUUAUCACCCUUGAUAUGCCCUAGCUUCAUCUGUUCGAUGCAAGCUGCAUUAUCUUUAUUAAUGCAAGUUGACUUAUUGAGAUGCUCACGAGUUUAAGACCGAAAUUGAGAUGCUCUCCCACAUGGGUAGCUUAAUUAUCCUCCUUCAACCAUCAACUGUCCAAAGUCCAAAAUCCAAAAUUUGAAUCAGAAAUACUCAUGUGAGGUUAAUUAUCCUCCCACAUGGGUAGCUUACAUAUCCUCCUUCAACCAUCAACUGUCCAAAGUCCAAAAUUUGAAUCAGAAAAUUACCCUCUCAUCUUUGUCUACCUACAAUGAAACCAAUCAUCAGUCCUCUCUACCUCUACUUGUUCCUCCACAUCCUCACUCUCUUCGUCACCGGUCAGUCGCCACCAUACAUCCCGGUCGAAAAUAUCACCCUUGCCUGUGGCAAUUCCGGCCAACUAACCUCCAAUGACAACAGAAAGUGGAGUGGAGAUAUCGACUCAAAAUUCACCCCAAUUGGUAACGCAUCCGAAUCCAUAAAUGCACCGCGGUCGCACACCGGUAGCCGAGUCCCUUACUCCAAAGCUCGGCUCUCUCGCUCCAACUUCACUUACACAAUUCCCCUCUCUCCAGGCCAAAAAUUCAUCUGCUUGCAUUUCAAUCCGGAUACAUACACCCCGCACUUCCAACGCCCCAACUCCCUCUUCGCCGUCACCGCCGGCGGCUUCACUCUUCUCAAAGACUUCAACGCCUCCUUCACCGCCGACGCUUUCGGCGAGUCCCCGCUGGUCAGAGAAUUCUGUGUAAACAUCGAGACAGGACGGAGACUCGAGAUCACCUUCACACCAAGCAGAGAUGCGUACGCUUUCAUCAACGGAAUCGAAAUCGUGUCCAUGCCCACCGGUCUUUACAAUACUUCUUCAGCUAACAUGGUGGACGCCAAUGCAGGCUCAUUUGCGAUCGGAAACAAAACAGCUCUGGAGAUGGUGUACCGACUCAACGUCGGCGGAGGCCCCAUCUGGCCGAACGCAGACACUGGCAUGUACCUGACUUGGGAAACUGCCGACGAUAUUUAUUUGGAUAAUGUAAGUAAAAAACUCAGCGUGCUACAAAACGAUACAAUCGAGCUCAACUUCGUCGAAGUUCCAGAAUACUCUGCUCCAAAACCAGUUUACACAACAGGUCGGUCAAUGGGUUGGGACGUAACCACCGGCAAUAACCUCACAUGGGUAUUUCCCUUAGAUCCCAACUUUUAUUACCUGGUGAGACUCCAUUUCUGUGGGAUUCGAAACAGAGAGCGAUGGUUUCAAAUCUACUUGGCCAAUCAAACCGCAGAUGUCAUCCGUUGGAGUGGAGGAGAUGGGAUUCCAGUUUACAAAGACUACGUUGUGGGCAUGUUCAUGCCUCCGGUCGGAAGCCAGAAAAAAGUUGACUUAUUUCUCGCGCUUUCACCGCUCCCGAUUGGGUAUGCUGACAGCAAUGCCAUGUUGAACGGGCUGGAAAUCUUCAAGCUCAGUGACUCGAGUGGGAAUUUCGCCGGACCCAACCCCAAUCCACCACAACUGCAGCCCACGUCACAAAAACUAGAUGAUACUGAAAAUAAGAAGUCGAGUCCCAUGGUUGCUAUCGUUGCCGGUGUAGUUGCCGUCUUCAUUACGCUCUCUGUUCUCAUAUUCUUGGUUUCGAGGCGACGAUGGAAAUUAAAGGACUCUGGGUCUGGCUCUAGGCAAACAAUGAACCCGGGGCAAUUUAUGCCUACUAAUUUGUGUCGUUACUUUCCGCUGGAAGAGAUCACAGCCGCCACCAAAAACUUCAAUGAUACAUUCAUUAUUGGAGCUGGAGGAUUUGGCAACGUAUACAAAGGAUGCACUGAUGGUGGAGCCACUCCAGUUGCCAUAAAACGACUGAAACCAGGGUCAUCGCAGGGUGCCCACGAGUUUAAGACCGAAAUUGAGAUGCUCUCCCAACUCCGUCAUCGCCAUUUGGUUUCAUUAAUUGGAUAUUGUGUUGAUAAGGGCGAGAUGAUCUUAGUGUAUGAUUACAUGGCACACGGAACCCUCCGUGACCAUCUCUACCACACCGACAACCCGCCUCUUCCCUGGGAGAAGCGACUUCAGAUUUGCGUAGGCACCGCUCGAGGGUUGCAAUACCUUCAUAAUGGUGCAAAGGGCACCAUCAUUAACCGAGAUGUGAAGAGCACAAACAUAUUAUUGGAUGACAAAUGGGUGGCCAAAGUUUCAGAUUUUGGGCUGUCUAAGGGCACGACUAACAUGUCCGAAACCCACAUCAGCACAAUGGUGAAAGGCAGUUUUGGGUAUCUGGACCCGGAAUACUACCGCCGACAACGUCUGACUGAGAAGUCAGACGUGUACUCACUUGGUGUAGUGUUGUUUGAGGUAUUGUGUGCAAGGCCAGCAGUGAUUCAGACAGAAGAGCUGAAGCAAGUGAGCCUGGCUGAGUGGGCCAAGAUCUGUCAUCAGAAUGGGGACCUUGAUCAAAUCAUUGAUCCAAGUUUGAGAGGUAAGAUUUCAGCUGACUGCCUGAAUAAGUUCACUGAGGUAGCUAUCAGUUGCAUGCAUGAUGAUGGGACCGAACGACCAUCCAUGAAUGAUGUUGUAAAGGAGCUUGAGCUUGCAUUGCUGCUUCAGCAGAGUGCAGAAGGGAAUACCAAAUGCACUGAUAGGAAUGUUGAAACUGAAACAAGCAGUAGUGACCACAGUUGUGCCACCAACGAUUCCGUCAAAUGUAUAUCUGCGACAAUCUUCUCUGAGAUUAACAACCCAAGUGGGAGAUGAGCAUCAUUUCAAAGAAAUAAAAGCAAUCUGAACAGAAUCAUGAACCGGUAAGUAUAUUACAUUAUAUAUUUUUACUGGAUUGUAUGGAAAACCAAUAGAAUGCAAUAUAUUUGCUGUGCCAAUUUCAAAUCACACUGCAGUACAUGACUACAUUGUAUAUACUUAUGGUAUUCCUAGCAUUACUUAUAACCAAUAUUGUAAUAUAUAUUUUAUGAAGCUUUAUAUUGUCAAAUGUAACAGAAGACUUUGCUGAUGAUAU